CGUUGCCUGAUGAGAUCUACUAUAGAUCCCCUUACCAAUAACAUAAUCUUACCCAAGUAAAUAGAUUGAUUAUUUCAUCAUAACAUUCAAUCCCAAACUUACCAUCUACGUUCCAAUGCUUGUCUUUCAUUCUCUUCAUUUCUUGGAUCGUUGAUGGCAUACUUUUUGGUUUUCCUUUUCCCUUAUCAACCCAUUGGAUUUACUUUCUUGUCUCGUCACCAAGACGUCAUUAAACCGCAUUUUGAUCAACGCCAGGGGAAUCAUCAUGGCAGCGAAGCAACUUCCAGCAGUUCUUCGCAUCACAUCCAGCGCUACGAACCAAGAUGAAGUUUUCCUCCUUCUCGUCGAAUCUGCCGGGUCACGACCUUUGGAUGUAAAGUUAAUUGGGACCGAUGGUGAACUCGUAUUUGCAGUCUCAUGUAAGCUCCGACCCUGAUCAUCCCGUGCUGGGGGUCCCUGAUUUCAAACCCGGAUUUUGGAGUUCAUGCGUUAAUUGCGGGACCUAAAACUAACUUCAUCUAUUUUUGUCUAGUGAAGCACAGCAAGAUAUCUACACUCAAGGCAAAAAACUCUCCAUAUACCGAUGAAGAAUGGUCUCUUGUAUUGUCAUCCAUCCUGCUACAUGAGCCGCCGAAGGAAGAAGAAGGGAAUGUGACAAGAGGGGUUGAAAUUCAUGCUAAAGUGGAGAAGAAAGCCAUGACCCUUGUGAUCCAAAAGGUCAUUGAAGGGAUCAGGGUACGUUUCUUCUUCGUCAUUAUAUUGACAAAUUUUAUCAGAUUAGAUACUAAAUAUAUACCAGCAACGCCUUGGCACAAUCAAACUAGAUGAAACAGAGGAAGAAGAAAUUAGUCUCUUCGAUUGGUGCGCUCUGGCAACAAAAUCGGCAGAUUCGUCAAAGGAUGAACUGGAAGCGUUACGGAUCAAGUAUAGCGAACAACAGGAAACAUUAAAGAAACUGAAUGAGAAUUUCAGGGAAUUAACCAAACGAAAGUCCGACCAUGAGAACCAACUUUUGGGGAAAUUUAGCCUCAUGUUCAACGAGAAGAAGCUCAAAGUGAGGGACCAACAAAGAUUAUUAGCGGGCGCCAAAGUCGAUCCAGACAAGGUCGAGGCAGUCCAAAAUAUAAGAUCUGGGAAGUCUCGAACCGCCGGCGCAUCGAGAAGUGGAAAGCGUAAAGCUGCAAAAGAAGUACAGCCUGGAAGCUCAGAUUCCGAUGAUGCAUUUGAAAAGAUGGAUGUCGACCAAAGUCAAGAUGAGAAUGAUAUCGCGGACGAAUCAGACCAACCAAAAAUCCAAACCCCUGAUCAAUCGGACGAGGAAACUGAUACGGAAGAUGAGCAGGCGCCACACCCAGAGUCUCACCAGUCCGUGAGUAAAUAUGUUGUUCAAGAUAAAUCUGAUGAGGAAAUGCAAACAGCGCCGAGACCAACAGAAACAACAAAAAUCGCAGAGCUACCGGCUAAAAGAGAAUUACCGUUCGAAAAAAAGUCAGCGCCCGUACCUGCGUCCAAGCCUGCAAAUGAUGGAUCUGAGACGGAAUCGGGCUCGGACGAUGAGUUAUGAUCCCAUGUUCUAUUUCGAUACCGGUUCUCAUACGAAGGACUACGAAUCAAGUCAAAGGAAUAUCUUAAACUGUCUCGUCGAUAUCAUGUGCUACACCUAUGUGAUUGGCCCUCAAUAAUAUGACUUCUCCGAGGCGCAUAUUAUAUGCAAAUCAUUAUCGCGAAUUCAGAUCUUCAAAUCCUACUCAUCCACUUCAUACAAUUCGGUUAUCCAAAGUUAAAGCUCCACAGUGACUCGUGCGUAUCCCUGACAACCACAAUCUCAAGCGGGAUUGACGAUAUCACGGUGGGGUGGGGUGUAAUUCUGCGUGCUGCAUGCACAGGUGGGGUCGUGAAUACCUAGGCCUGCACGGGAGCUAUGCACCACGGGAGUGUGGAUAUCACACCGACAUUCUCAAUUUGCUGGUAAGAGGGGCGUUACCAGGCGGUGAUUGUGUGGCGGGUGAUAUAAGGCAAAGGCUGGACUUUUGUCAGUGGCUGGUUGGUGUAAUAAAUUUUGAAGGGCUGGGUGCGGUAAUGACAGUGGUCAACAUCUGGUGUGUGCGGCGAAGUGGUAGAGCUUACUGAGUGCGAAAAUAUGGAGAAGGCACAUAAUUGCCAGCCUUUUUUGUUUCUAUGGCAAUGCUAUUUUUGUUUUGUACAUACAUAUGACCGAUAUUCCAUAACUGUUUAGUGACAGGCUAUAAAGGCGCGAGGAUAUUGACAUAUUGUUAAUACAUGAAGGAUGGUUCCUUCAAUUUAAUCUCAAAACCUUAUCACCGAUCAAAAUAGCCCAGCCCGUCCUCGUUGUCCACAUGUCCAU